AUGGAUGACGUGCGCUUUCGUUCGCAGCACUCGCCGCGGAACGAAGCGUCGAUGGCCAGUUUCGUCUCGCCCCCUCGCAACGGCGGUCGUAUUUCCCAGCAAACCUCUCACGACCAACGAGGAAACAUGCCACGGAGAUUCACGGCCGAUUCUAGCCGAGUGCCUAGUGUUUCGUCAAUGAAUGCGGCGUUGACCUCACCCCCAAGGGGACUGGGGUUGGAUUCCACCCCGGACUAUAAUAACAUAGAACAAAAGAAACUCGAGUAUGAGAGGAUUCGUGAACAGAGAAGACGCUUCGAGUUGGAGAUGCAAAGACUUGAUCAGCAGCAGCGCCGCGAAGCCCAAGAAUUGGCGCAGAUGGAGAAGGAAAUACGAAUGACAGGACAUCAGUCUGAACCGACGACACCUCCAGAAUACCGGGACAGCUCUGGAUUUCCAUCUAUAUUCUCCCGGCCCAACCGUUACUCGACCUCGAGCCUUGCAUCCCCCCCAGGCUUCAACCGUCCCGCUCGAUCCGGAUCGCAGCUAACAUCGCCACCAUCUGGAUCGACGCAGCAGAGAUAUGGUUUUGACGACGGAGCAAUGCCCUCUCGCUCAGACCCGAAUACUCGACGUAACAGCGAUGACGAAGAAAAAGAAGAGGCCGUGCGACAGGACCCGACCAGUCAUAGGUCCACAAAUGCCUUGAACCGGUACUCGAUGCCCGUCACAAGGUCGCGUAACGGAUUAUAUGAUAUGAACCUUGACCAGACCAAUACAACCCGCUUCCUAUUUGGAGACGACGAGCCGAAUUCGCUGCCCCGAGGCCGCACCCCUGACGACAACUUCCCCACUCUCGUUCGUCGGGAGGAUCAAAUGCUCUCUGCGUCUUCAGCUGCACUCGAUCUUGCCCUGUCCCCGUCUCCUAAUCCCGAAAAGUCCAACGGCUGGAAUCGUGUUAACCGUCACCGCCACCAACAGAGCAUGUCAGCGAUCAGCGGAUCGUCGUCUGGCAAGUCCAACGAAGUCCACACCAUCGGCAGCCGACCUCCGUCUUUGCGUCAUUCCCUUGAUCUCAAGUAUAUCUCGGAGAGCCCAGCAGAGCCUUCCCCCGUCGCCAUGUCACCUCAGAGCAGCCAUAUGGCCUCUCCUCCUCGCCUUCAGAGCUCUUUCUCUGCCAACGACGUCCCUACUGUCAAGAACACGUCCGGACCGUCCAUCCUGUCAGGCAAUGCCAAUAAUCACGCUCAGCAGCAUUUUCACAACCAUAAUGCCAGCAUGGGCCGCAUCCCAGCUGGAGCCAUGCCUUCACGCCAUACCCGUGAGCUGUCGAGCGACAACGGCAUGAAUAAUGUAGGCCGCGAGCAGUCAAAUAGCUUUCAGUCUAUCCAGUCCGCUCUGCAGGCGAGCGCUGCCCCCUUUGGCCCCAGUCUCACCAGCGCAGUCCAAGUGAGCUCGGCCACCGCCAUUUCUGGCCCUUCGACCGCAGCCCCAACCAACUCUUUCAACACCUUUUAUACACCAAAUGGCUACGGAUCAAAUGCAACCAACUCGAGCGGCAGCUUUGGCAUACCAAUGCUUUCUGCAGGGAUACAGCAGCUCAGCAUGAGCGGCGUUAACGGGGGCAACAUGUUCCCCGCUCAGAACUACACGGGAUACGGCUCCAUGUCACCAUACAAUCAGGGGGCCGGUCAGCCACGGGACAGUCAAGCCCGUGUCAUCCAACAUAGGCAUCAGCUUGACAAUGAAGCCAUGUCUCGCUAUCAAAACAUGCCUCUUGAAUCAUUUCGAGGACAAAUUUAUGAACUGUGCAAGGAUCAGCACGGCUGUCGCUAUCUGCAAAAGAAGCUCGAGGAACGCAAUCCCGAACAGGUUCAUAUGAUUUGGCUCGAGACCAAUCAGCAUGUCAUCGAGCUCAUGACGGACCCCUUUGGUAAUUAUUUGUGCCAAAAGCUCCUAGAGUUCUGCAAUGACGAUGAGCGCACUGUUUUGAUUCAGAAUGCCUCUCAAGAUAUGGUUCGCAUUGCGCUCAACCAGCAUGGAACGCGAGCACUGCAGAAGAUGAUUGAAUACGUGAGCACCCCUCAGCAGGUGCAUCUUAUCAUUGAGGCUCUACGAUUCCGCGUGGUUGAGUUGAUUCAGGACCUCAAUGGCAAUCACGUCAUCCAGAAGUGCCUGAACAAGCUUACAUCACUCGAUGCCCAGUUCAUCUUCGAUGCCGUCGGCAACAACUGCAUCGAGGUGGGCACCCACAGACAUGGUUGUUGUGUGCUGCAACGCUGCAUCGAUCACGCUUCUGGCGAGCAGAAGCCGUGGCUAGUAGGUCGAAUUACAGAACACGCACGCAUUCUCAUACAGGACCCCUUCGGCAACUAUGUUGUCCAGUACAUUAUCGAUCUGAAUGAGCCAAGCUUCACUGAGCCUGUGGUUGCCAUGUUCCAAGGCUGCAUCAGCCAGCUUUCACGGCACAAGUUCAGCUCCAAUGUCAUUGAGAAGUGUCUGCGGUGCUCCCAGGCACCAUCCAAGGACAUGAUUGUUGAAGAGCUGCUUGCACCUCAGGAGAUGGAGCGGCUACUCCGUGACUCUUUUGCCAAUUAUGUUAUUCAAACCGCUCUCGAGUUUGCCACGCCUCACCAGAAAUAUCGUUUGGUUGAAUCGAUUCGACCUAUUCUGCCACAGAUUCGCACGACGCCUUAUGGCCGUCGUAUUCAAGCCAAGGUCUCGGCUUACGACAACCGCGGAAGCGCAGCCUCCAGUGGUCAGGUUACACCUGCAGACAAUACCCAGGGCCAGAUUCCUCUCCGUCAAGGCCACAGCCGAGGCAUGUCAGGAAAUGCUGCAAUGCUGUCGAGCAAUGGCAUCACGAAUGGGGGGAUGGCCGGGCUCGGAUCCAAUCAAGGUGUCCGUCAGAGCGUGGCACCGUACUCCAAUAACGCCGUUCUGACAGUUCCUCCUCCAACAGGGUCAGCUUCUGUUCAGCAAUCCCAAAAACAGCAGCAGCGACAGUCUCAGUUCAACCAAAGAGCACCAGGUAGCUUCAUGCCUCCGCACUCUGCGAAUGCGUCUGUGGAUGCCAGCGGCGAGAAUCGCUGGGUGUAA